GUUAACAUCAGUAUCAACAUGGAGCAGCGAAUGCCAACCGAGCUUCGUCACGUCUACAGAGCACUGCUACGUGCUGCGACCUACCUACCGGAUUCUGCUGCCCGAACAUAUAUGCACAAUCAUGUGGUGUAUCGAUUCAGAUCAGUAUCUGAUAAGAUAAAGUUCAGGUCGAAGCAUAAUCCUCGUUCGGCCGAGGGGCUGAUCGAAAAAUACCAUUCCCCAAAACGGAUUGCAAAGGCGAGACAGCAGGCGAGGCAGCUUGAGCGUGCUGGGCAAGGGAGCUGGCCCGAUCUGAAAAAGGUCCUUUUCCUCACAUAUGGACGCAUGGGAAGGAGGAAGCGCGAGUUGAUUGAAGACCUCCUACAACCUGAGGAGGACAAGCUUCCCAAGGAUGACAAGGCUCUGGAGCAGUUGAUUCAGAAGCAGUCGGAGGAGAAGCCGCUCAGGUUUGCUCCAGAUUCGAAAUUCUUGAAAUUUGUCAAGAGCCAACAAGCCAAUCAACCACCAGAAGCGGCCAGGUUCAAGAUUCGAAGCAGCAUGCCCCGGAUACCGGAAGAGAACCUCUGGGGACGCCCGGUGCCAUUGAAACUUCAGGAGUCAAUAAAAAGGCGCCAUUGGGCUUCAACCCUCGACAAACUAUUACCACCUCUGCCUGAGCACGAAUGGAAUAGGCUACGCGAUCUUGCCACAGGUGCCGUCCGCAUUGAAGAUCCACCGCCGCGUCGAAGCAGGAGUGAAAGGAGACCUCUAGCUGGCGAAGAAAAUGACGCCAAGGUGUUGGAAUACUUCACCAAGCCUGCCAAUAUUCUCACUUCCGAUUUUGAUGAAGUCAAAGUUGAUCCAGCUCAUGGUGCGACGUGCUGGACGAAGCCCAUUAGGGAGGUGGAGGUCCCAAACAAGAAUGCGUAUACCGGUACCCCAAGAUUCAUGCGGAGAUUAUAUGCGAGCAUUUGGAACAUGUCAGCGAAAAUGUCACAAGACCCGGUUACAAAGGAGUGGAUUAUAAAAUGGGGGGGCUUACGAUCAGCAUUUCAUUCGGGGCAUGUUAUUACACCCACUACUCCAAAGGACAUGGAGCUUUUUGAAGGGGUAGACACAAACGAGCCGCCUCCUCGCAGGAAACAGGGCCGUAAAAGGCCUUCCCUAGAGGCCGAAGAAGAUACUCAGGCCAUGGUAGCAGCAGCAUGACAAUUCUGCCAUAACUCAUAUGCUCAAUUCUAGUCUCAUAUGCUCCAUGCAAUGCUGUAUAUAUCGAAUUCCUAAUUGGCCCUCUUUGCCAAUUCCCGCAGCCCUUCUCCAUCAACCCUCAUAGUCUGCCACUCAGUCAUAGCCUUCGCGCCAAUCCUCUCAUAAAACUGAAUGCUGGGCGUA